AUGUCGAUUACUAUCCAUAUUAAAUCUGGUCAAAAUAAAUGGGAUGUCAAUACUAAUUUGUCUGAUUCCAUUGCAACUUUGAAGGAAGAGAUUUCUAAAAUAUCAGAAAUUCCUGCUACUAAUCAACGCCUUAUCUAUUCAGGUAAGAUCUUAAAGGAUGAUCAAACUGUAGAAUCAUAUAAGAUAGAAGAGGGCCAUUCGAUACAUCUAGUUAAAUCUGGUGGCAAUGUUGCUAGGAACAGUGCUGCUACCAAUACUACCCCGACAGCUACGUCUAAUGAAAAUACAAAUUCUGCCCCUUCAGUCCCAUCAAAUAUUGCAUCUGGACAAACUGGAGGUUUCAAUCCGUUGAAUGACUUGACUAGCGCACGUUAUGCCGGUUAUUUGAAUAUGCCUUCUGCCGAUAUGUUUGGCCCAGAUGGUGGAUUAAAUAGCGGACCAAGCCAGGAUGAUAUGCUAAGAAUGCUUGAUAAUCCGGUCUUCCAAUCUCAAAUGAAUGAAAUGUUAAGUAAUCCUCAAAUGAUCGAUUUUAUGAUUCAAUCGAACCCACAAUUACAAGCUAUGGGUCCUCAAGCAAGACAAAUGUUGCAAAGUCCUAUGUUCAGACAAAUGUUAAUUAAUCCAGAUAUGAUUAGACAAAGCAUGCAAUUUGCUCGUAUGAUGAAUGGUGGUAACGAUCCUGCUGCUACUGGCAAUGACCCAUCUGCUUUCCCUGCUCCAGGUGAAGCUUCAGCAAGUACCAAUGAACAAAACACUAAUGCAUCCGGUGAAAGUACUACUGCCGGCGGUGCUACAAAUAAUACCAAUAGCACUAGUGCACCUGCUGCUGCCAAUCCUUUUGAUGCUCUAUUCAAUCCUGCUGCCAAUCCAUUUGGUGCAAUGUCCUCUAAUACCAAUGGAAGUCAACCCCAACAGCCAGCAUUCGACCCAGCAUUACUUGCUUCUAUGCUUGGAAUGCCACAAUCACAACAAACUCCUGCCCAGCAGGACAAUAGGCCUCCUGAAGAACGCUACGAAGCACAAUUGAGACAAUUGAAUGAUAUGGGAUUCUUUGAUUUUGAUAGAAACGUCGCUGCAUUAAGACGUAGCGGUGGUUCUGUUCAAGGGGCAUUGGAUGCCCUAUUAAACGGUGAUGUAUAG